AGACAAAUCCACAGGAAUACUCUUCUCUCGGCAGACGCAGACAAACGAUGGCAGCCCUCCCAUGUGCCAUCAUCGGCUUUCCUAGAUGCAUUUCAUUUUUUAUGGCGAGAGUUUUAUGUUAGUGAGCGCGUUAAGUUUGUCCACGCGAGAACUCGUCCCCACUUUCUUGUGCCCUCCUUUGCCUUCAGAGGCCACAGUCGCGUCUCCUUGGCUUCAACUGCAGGUCUUUCUCCUGCAACUCGCCAGCACGCAGAUCCGACGCCAAUUUCUCCUUCAACCUCAGGACUUCUUUCCGCCUAUUCCAGCCGCUUCGCCCAUUUCUCCUUCAACCGCACGGCUAUCUCUUCUUUCGAACCAUCCAUUUCAGCAAGGAAAACCCUUGCUCUCUUUUCACUCAGCCUCCUCCUGGUUGACGCCCCUCUCCAUCCGAGUGCCCUCCAGGCGACCAAGCAGCCGGUGGCUCUCCGGAGUCCGGACGACCAAGUUCAGCAAGGAACAGGUCAGCGGCGGUCACCAGACUCACCACCCAAGCCACUGUGUCUCCUUUCUCAGAAACCAUUCCAGAGGAAGAGGCAGAGGAGGAAGAGAGAGAAGCAGCUAAAGUCCUGUCUCCAACAGCUACCUAGUGUGGACGAGUGUCAUAUACAGAGAUUGCUUGAGAAACAAGCGAUGUUGCCCUACCAGACCCUGCAUGAAGCCCAGGAUAGCCUCGGUAGGCCUCUCACCUUUGCUGAGACUCUCUGGUUCAACUACUCAGCGAGGAUGCCCGACUUCCUGCUUUAUUUUCACAACUUCCUCUUCCUGCUCUGCGUCUUCUCUCUCUGCCCUCUCCCUGUUGCACUUGUGGAACUCAAGGGGCCCAAGUUCUUGGAUAGGUUCAAGAUACAACCCAAGGUUAGGACGCCAUUGCAUAUCAUGCUCAAGUGCUACAAGGAUGUGAUGGUCGUCUUCUUCUUUGUUGUUGGUCCUCUGCAGUUGUCGUCCUAUCCACUCAUCAAGUUGGUGGGAAUCAGGAUGGGCCUGCCAUUGCCAUCCGUGUGGGAAAUGCUUGCCCAGCUUCUUGUUUACUUUCUGGUGGAAGACUAUGGGAACUACUGGCUUCAUAGAUGGAUGCACAACAAAUGGGGCUACGAGAAGAUCCACCACGUCCAUCAUGAAUACACAGCUCCUAUAGGGUUUGCUGCACCUUAUGCUCAUUGGGCCGAAGUUCUCGUCUUGGGGAUUCCAGCCUUUGUUGGACCUGCCAUCGUUCCUGGUCACAUUGUCACCUUCUGGUUGUGGAUAGCUCUGCGCCAGAUGGAAGCGAUUGAGACGCACAGCGGAUAUGAUUUUCCGUGGAGUCUUACAAAAUUCAUUCCUUUCUAUGGAGGCGCAGAGUACCAUGAUUACCACCACUAUGUUGGAGGACUAAGCCAAAGCAAUUUUGCUUCUGUUUUUACGUACUGUGACUACAUCUAUGGAACUGAUAAGGGUUAUCGGUACCAUCGGUAUCAGAAAGCACAGCUAGGAAAGAUGAAAGAUAUCUCGUUUGGAGAAGUAAAUGGAAAAUCUAACAAAGCAGACCAGGACCCAAAAUCUCAGUAAUGAUAACUUGAGCGGAGGCUGUUCAAAUGUCUUGCUACCUGUUCUUGAAGUUUGGCCCAGUCGUCCGUCCUUUUUGUAUCUGUUUAAUGUUUUCAGCAUUUGUAUGUCCUGUAGUGCAAAACUGUUGUUUCAAACUGUUCCAGUUUGAAUAUAUAGAUGGCUUCUCAGUUAUCAUUGUCA